ACAUAAAGUUCUGACAUGUAUGUGUUUUCUUUUUUGAUCAGGAAUCAAGCUGAUGUUGAUGCCAUUAUGCUUGAGUUUGAUGGAACCCCAAACAAAUCAAAACUAGGGGCCAACGCCAUUCUUGGAGUAUCAUUAAGCGUAUGUAGGGCCGGUGCAGGAGCGAAGGGAGUACCUCUCUACAAGCACAUUCAGGAAUUAGCUGGAACGAAGGAGCUUGUGAUGCCAGUUCCAGCAUUCAAUGUGAUAAACGGGGGCAGUCAUGCGGGCAAUAAUCUAGCCAUGCAAGAGUUUAUGAUAUUGCCAGUUGGUGCUACUUCAUUUGCUGAGGCUCUGCGCAUGGGCAGUGAAGUAUAUCAUAUCCUAAAGGGUAUCAUCAAGGCCAAAUAUGGGCAAGAUGCAUGCAAUGUCGGAGAUGAAGGUGGCUUUGCUCCUAAUGUUCAGGAUAACAGGGAGGGGCUGGUUUUGCUUAUUGAUGCGAUUGAAAAGGCUGGUUAUACUGGCAAGAUCAAGAUUGGGAUGGAUGUGGCCGCUUCAGAGUUCUUCACUAAAGAUGGCAGAUACGAUCUGGAUUUCAAGAAGCAGCCAAACGAUGGGGCUCAUGUGCACACAGCUCACAGCCUCGGUGAGCUAUACAAAGAGUUUGUCAGAGACUUUCCAAUUGUGCCCAUUGAAGAUCCCUUUGAUCAAGAUGAUUGGAGCUCAUGGGCAUCACUACAGUCCUCAGUUGAUAUACAACUAGUGGGAGAUGAUUUGUUGGUAACAAAUCCAAAGCGGAUUGCAGAGGCAAUUCAGAAGAAGUCUUGUAAUGGUUUGUUAUUAAAGGUUAACCAGAUUGGAACAGUUACAGAAUCCAUACAAGCAGCUCUUGACUCAAAAGCUGCAGGAUGGGGUGUGAUGGUGAGCCACCGCAGUGGCGAGACAGAGGAUAAUUUUAUUGCUGAUCUAUCCGUUGGCCUAGCAAGCGGACAGAUCAAAACAGGAGCUCCUUGCCGUAGUGAGCGGCUGGCCAAGUACAAUCAGCUUUUGCGUAUCGAAGAGGAGCUUGGGAAUGUCCGCUAUGCUGGUGAAGCUUUCAGAUCCCCGUAGAAAGAUUUGAGCAAAUUUAAUGUUGUUAAUGGAAAUAAGAUUGGAUCAAAUGUAUGUUUAGCAAGAAAGUUAGAAUAUUUUUGUAGUAGUCAGCUUAGAUGCAAUUACAAGGGGCAUCUGUUGAUUUGA